UUGUGGACUCUGAUUAUGACCUGAGGGAUGAAGAUGCUGAUGAUGAUGCCAUGUUUGUUGAGUUUGUUGAUAAGGAGCUUGAGAGGGACAAACCAUCUGAUUCUAGAAGUGCUAGGCAACCUGCUGAGGAGUUGUGUGAAGAAACAGAUGUAACAGUUUAUGGUCCAUUAGAUGAGCUGGUGUCAUGCUCCUCAUCUGAACACAGCGAUGCAGAUUCAAGGAAGCAGAGAUGGCCUGUGUUUAAUGAGGAGACUGCAUCUACCCAAUUGCAUGGUGUUGUGCAAAAAGAAAAUAAGGAGAACUGGAAAUGGUUUUUGGAGCCGCUGGCUUAAGAUGUGGGGAUAACAAACAGUUAUCAAUUGGUGUUUAUGAGUGACAGGCAGAAGGUAAAUACUCUUAACAAUUUGCUUUUCUAUUCCUUCAUAUAUUUUGCCAUAAUGGUAUUAAUUGUGUGUUGUUCUUUUGAAAUAGGGUCUUAUUCCUGCCAUUGAAAAACUAUUCCCUAAUUCUGAACAUAGAUUUUGUGUUAGACAUGUGCAUAAUAAUUUUAGGAAGAAAUUUAAUAGUCUAGGGUUAAAAGAACUUGUGUGGGGUGCUGCUAAGGCAAGUUAUGUCCAGAUUUUUCAAAGGAUAAUGGAGAAGUUUGCAGCAGCAUCACAUCAUGGACAUAACUACAUGAAUAACAUCCCUCCUCAUCACUGGUCUAGAUCUCAUUUUAGGACUGAUGCUAGUGUGACAUGUUGUUAAACAACUUAUGUGAGUGUUUUAACAGUUUUAUCUUAGAUGUUAGAAGCAAGGGUGUGAUAGCUAUGAAUGAGGUUAUAAGAACAAAAUUAAUGAAGAGGAUAUAUAAGAACAAGGAUGCUAUGAAAAGAGUGGCAUCUGCUUACUGCCCUAAGAUAUUGAAAAAGCUAGAAAAAAGCAAAGAAUUUUACUGGAUGUUUACAAUAGAGUGGUCUGGAGGUGAAAGAUUUCAAGUGGUUAGCCCAGGGGGACAGUUUGUAGUUGACAAAUAAGAAAUGACAUGUACAUGUAGGAGGUGGGAUCUAACUGGAAUACCUUGUUAUCAUACUGUAUGUGCAAUUUGGUAUAACAAUGAGAACCCUGAAUUUUAUAUACAUGACUUCUACAAGGUUGAAACAUACCUAAAAUGCUAUAGCCAUUUGAUUAACCCAACCACUAGUAAAAAAAUUUGGCCCAAGGCAACUGCCCCACCAGUCUUAUCCCCCAAACCAAUAAAACCUAGAAAAGGCAGACCUGCUAGAAAGAGAAGGUUAGAGGAAGAAGAGAUGGAGGGUCUGAUCAUAAAUGCUAAGGUGACCAAGAAGGGCUCUGUUAUGACAUGCACAGUUUGUGGUGCUAAGGGCCACAACAAGAGGUUUCAUGGUGCUGGUGCUUCUAUAAGGAGGGAAAAACUGCUUGUAAAGAGGAAGACAAAAAAACAGCAAAAGGAAAAGGAAUCAAAUGCUGCAACUAUUGCUGCACAGAAUGUAGAUGACCAACCUGAUAAUGUAGCUACUACAGACACGGCUCCUUUAGGGAGAGCUUCAACAUUUGAUAAUUUGUCACCGCUAAUACCAUUGUCACAGUUAUUCAAUGUAACACUAUCAGCAAAAGAAUCAGAAAAACCUCCAGUUCACUCUACUACAUCACUUUCAAAACCUACCAGCAAGAAGAGUAAAAACAUUAAUGAUUUGUUGAGUGAGCUGCCACUAGAUCUGGCCAUUGGAAGUCUUUCAGAAACAUAAAAAGGAGGAACUGAAGCUAAGGGAAAAAAGACUUUCAAACCCCCAGGGUUGUUGAGCAAAGAUCUUGGGGCUGAAGGAGUUACCAUAAGAACAAAAUAAGACAAAGGAAAACAUAAGAUUGAUGGAAGUGUUUCAACAAAGAAGAGAGCUUGGGUGCCUCCAGGAAAUGCAAAGAACAAAGGAAUUACAAUUGGAAACCCUAAAAAAUAAUGUUUAUUUUGGUUGUUGUGUUGUUAAUAUGUUAAUAUAUGUGUGGACCUAACAUGUGGUCCUUUGACAGAAUUUCGAUUUUUGUAAUGGCUUUUGACAGCCUUGGGUGUAGGGUUCAUGUGGAUAGAAUUUCCACAUCCUUUCACUUUUUAUUUAAACAUUUCAUUAUUUAAAGUAAUCAACAGAGUACAAUUAUUUUCA